CACCCGUUUUAUGUUGAGUCAUUCACCUCAGUGAAGUGCCAAAGAUUUGUAUAACUGUGCUUAACUUUUACGCUUGCUUACGUAAUCGCUUGUCAGUGGUCGCUUUACGGCAGAUCGUGGAGGUCAGAGAAGCAUGAUGAAGAGGCGAACCAAACAAUCUUUUACAAAAAGCUGAUAAUUUCAAUAUCUAACUACCUACAGUAAGACAGUGUACAACACUAUUGAAACGUAAACCUAUUACUGCGUUUUAGAUACUAGGAAAUAUCGCUAUAGCUUUUCCCACGAGAACUGUCAAGGUCCUCGUCACGUUUGGUCAGCUAGGCUAACGUUAGCUAGCUAACCCAACCAGCAUCUCCAGUUCGAAGCGUUCGCCGGGUGAGUCUCCAGAUCGUCCCCCAAACAUGGACAAUAACGCCUCUGGGUCGGGAGGGAAAGGCGGCUUCGGGAGUCUCUUUGGAGGCAGCGACUACUCCAACACAGAGCUCGCUGGUGUCCCAUUGACUGGAAUGAGCCCCCUGUCGCCUUAUCUCAAUGUCGACCCCCGCUACCUCGUACAGGACACAGAUGAGUUCAUCCUGCCUACAGGGGCCAGUAAAACCAGAGGGAGGUUUGAGCUGGCCUUCUUCACAAUCGGGGGUUGCUGCAUCACAGGAGCUGCGUUUGGGACAGUGAACGGUCUGAGGAUGGGGUUGAAGGAGACCAGAGAAAUGGGCUGGACUAAACCUCGCAACGUCCAGAUUCUCAACAUGGUGACCAGACAAGGUGCAUCCUGGGCCAACACACUGGGCUCUGUUGCGUUGUUGUACAGUAUAUUUGGCGUGGCCAUAGAGAAGGCUAGAGGAGCAGAGGAUGACAUCAACACUAUGGCUGCUGGGACUCUCACGGGCAUGCUGUUCAAAUCCACAGGAGGGUUGAAGGGAGUGGCGCGUGGUGGUCUGGUGGGGUUGGCCAUGUCUGGUGCCUACGCUCUCUACGGUAAUUGGAACCAUAUCAGAGGUGGCUCCUCUUCUUCAAGUCUCUACUGAACACAUCCCUAUCUAUUACGUUUCAUCCAAAAUGGCACCCGAUUCCCUACUUGGUGCACUACUUUUGGCCAGAGCCUCAGGGAAUAGGUUACCAAUACUCAAACCCUCCCACAAAUAUCAUCUGUUCACUUCCUGACUUGAGAGGGUUCUGGGAUAUUGGAGGAAUGACUGAGAUGUUAUUAAACUAUGGACUAAAUGACCUCCAAGAAACACCCCUCUCUAUACACAACUGCCCUUGCUGCCCCCCAACCCUGUCUCUCUGGGUUACCUCCCCUCUCACCCCCACAGAUCUGAAAAGGCCUCCCGCUAUAUCCAAGGGAUUUAUGUGUUAUUGUAUUGGAACUGUUUUUAGAAAUGUAUCUUUUGUUAUAUUAUUGAAUGCUAUGUCUAGUAGCCUGGAAGAGGGAAAGAGUCAUGUAAAUAGUAUGUCCAUGUUAAGAGUUUAUGCUAAUUUAAUGGAUACUGGGGCCCUGUUGUAAUACUUUUUACAUGCCUCCCUGUGAAGUAAUCACUGAUCUGACAUGACUGGAGUGAUGAAAACAAUGCAGUGGAAAUCGGUUUACAUCUAUCCAGUCAUGUCUGAUCAGUGAUAACUUCAUGGAGGGGAGGGGUGAAGGAUGGAUGUAUCUGAACACCUCUGCUGGUGUUACUGACUGGGUAUUUAUGAGUUUGCCCACUUGACUCAAGGCUGUGUUAGCCCCCUGAGGUAAAGCCAAGGGGUUAGUACAGGGAGCAAACACAAGUCUUCUCAGGCAAGGUUACUCAUCUAAGCAUGGUUAAUUGAACCAUCUCUGCAACACUGGUCUAAGACCCAAUCAGAGAGCUGCUGGAAGCCAUAAUUGUAGUCUUCUGCUUUCAUGUGAUGAUGUGGGUUGUAGUCCUUCAGAUAUGGAACCACAAGACUUCUCAUGAAACUGAAGAGCAAAGAGACACAUCCCAUCACACACCUUACCAAGGCCUUACAAUCAAUACUGUUGGAAUGUAUUUAUUCAUAGUGGGUACUAUUUUCCUGUUAAGAGUUGGACUCUAUGCUGGCCUGUCUAAAUGUUACCUCCAAACAGUACUGGAAGUGUGUAUAUUAUCUCUGUCUCCUUGCCUGUUAAGCCACUGUAAGAACAAUACAACAAACAUUGAAAACGAGAA